AACUAUGUUAUGUGUACAAAGAGGAGUUCAUGUUCACAACCCAAGUUAUCAACAGUUAUCAAGGAUAAUCAGAAGAGACGUCGCAUGUUUCUUCGGUCAGCUUUGUAAAGUGGCGAAGUUAUUUCUUGUGAUUGAGUUGUGGCUGGACUGACUAAGAUUUCACCAUAGUUCUCUGGAGGCCUCAGUAUUGUUAUACAACUAGUCAACAAUUGUUAAAAUAAUGGAGAAGCCAAUUUCAUCAGACAUUGUUCUUAUCGCAGGAAACUCUCACCCAGAGCUUGCCAAUCUUAUUGCAAAUCGUCUAGGUGUGAAGCCUGGUGGAUGUGCUGUAUAUUACAAAUCAAAUCGUGAGACAAUGGUAGAAAUAGGAGAUUCUGUACGUGGCAAAGACUUAUUUUUGAUUCAAACUGGUACAAAGGAUGUAAACAAUAACAUAAUGGAGCUUCUUAUUAUGGCCUAUGCUUGUAAAACAUCAUCGGCCAAAAAUAUUGUUGGAGUAAUUCCAUAUCUACCUUAUUCCAAGCAGUGCAAAAUGCGCAAACGUGGCUGCAUAGUUUCUAAACUUUUAGCAAAAAUGUUGUGCACAAGUGGUCUAACUCAUAUUAUCACCAUGGAUCUCCAUCAAAAGGAAAUUCAAGGAUUUUUUGAUGUUCCUGUGGAUAAUUUGAGGGCUAGCCCAUUCCUAUUGCAAUACAUUCAAGAAUCCAUUCCUGAUUAUCAUAAUUCUGUGAUCGUUGCAAGAAAUCCAGGUAGUGCAAAGAAAGCUACUAGUUAUGCAGAAAGACUUCGUUUGGGCAUUGCAGUAAUUCAUGGAGAACAGAGAGAAGCCGAAUCGGAUAUGAAUGACGGUCGCUAUUCACCACCCGCACUAGCGUUAGCCUCACGUACUAUGGAUGUUGGUGUAGGUGUGCCUUUGCAUCCAGCGAAAGAAAAGCCGCCUAUAAGUGUUGUCGGAGAUGUAGGAGGACGUAUUGCUAUUAUGGUGGAUGACAUGAUAGAUGAUGUACAAUCGUACGUAGCAGCUGCCGAAGUGCUUAAGGAGAGAGGAGCAUAUAAAAUAUAUGUCUUAGCUACACAUGGUUUACUCAGUUCAGAUGCGCCUAGACUCAUUGAAGAGUCUCCAAUCGAUGAGGUGGUUGUAACCAAUACGGUUCCUCAUGACGUGCAGAAGAUGCAAUGCCCAAAAAUCAAGACUGUCGACAUUAGUAUUCUCUUAGCAGAAGCAAUUCGACGUAUACAUAAUAAAGAAUCAAUGUCGUAUCUAUUUAAAAAUGUAACUUUGGAGGAUUAGAAACUAAGUAUUCAACCAUCAAAAAUUAUAUUUUAAUUAUGAUUAAAUGACAAUGAAAGUCACAUAAAAGUCGAUGCCGGGGACCAUGUCCAGAAUACAUAUCCGUCUUUUAA